UUUAGUUGGGGGAGUGGGGAGGAGGGCUCCAAAACUUUGUGAAACGUAAGCAAUUUAAGACACACAUUAGGAAGAAUCUUUUCGCCAUCUAGACGCCCUUUCUUUUAAACAUUCUUCAGACGGAGUUUUUAAUUGUGUGUCGUCCGACUGGGAGAUUUAGUUCCCUGGGCUCUGCACCGAUCUUCUCUUCUCCCGCCCUCCCCAGAAAGCAGCAAAGUUGUUUCCAGCUCAGAGAACAAAGUCAGGCAGGCUGGCAAGUUCAGAAGCAAACAUUUCCCACUUCCAAGAGGCACAGUGGGCGGGGGAAAAGGAGGUAGCAGCUAGCUCGGAGCUCAGCUAGCCAGGCCUGUGGGAGUACAGAGAUAGAGGCCUGGCAUGGCUAUGCAUCGCAUUGCAUUACACGGGCGGGCAGGCUGGUGCUCUUGCAUCCAGUAGCUCGGCUCUCUGCUGAGCCUGCCUAGGCUGACAAUGAAUGGCUGCUGCUAGUGCUGCUUGGAGGGCUAGGGGAGCAGAGCCCCUCCAUUGACCGAGAUCUUCCCCCCCUUCUCUUUGCACAGGCCUGCUUGACAGCUGUUGGGAGAGCCCUGGCAGAUAACAAGCUGAUGAACUUUGAUCUCCCUCUCUUGGAACAGUAGCAGUGACACACACAUACGAUAGAUGGCACCGUUUGUCACCAUGUCUGCAAGAAGACCAAGAAGUAAGCAAAGAACACACCCAUUCAAGUGAGGAGAAGGAGAGGAUGGCUCAGAUUCUCCAGAUGGAGAUCCCCAACUUCGGUAACAGCAUCCUGGAGUGCCUGAAUGAGCAGCGGUUGCAGGGUCUGUACUGUGAUGUCUCAGUGGUGGUGAAAGGCCAUGCUUUCAAGGCACACCGAGCUGUGCUGGCUGCCAGCAGCUGCUACUUCCGGGACCUUUUCAACAACAGCAAGAGUACAGUGGUGGAGCUUCCUGCUGCUGUACAACCUCAGUCCUUCCAGCAGAUCCUCAGCUUCUGCUACACUGGCCGCCUCAGCAUGAAUGUGGGCGACCAGUUCCUGCUGAUGUACACAGCAGGCUUCCUACAGAUCCAGGAGAUUAUGGAGAAGGGGACUGAGUUCUUCCUGAAGGUCAGCUCACCCAGCUGUGACUCCCAAGGCUUGCACGCUGAAGAGGCACCAUCAUCUGAGCCACAGAGCCCUGUGGCACAGACGUCCACUUGGCCCUCAGGCAACACGCCGCUACCCCUGGUCUCUCGUGUAAAGACGGAGCAGCAGGACUCGGACUCUGUCCAGUGCACAUUUGUGGUUAAGCGGCUCUGGGAAAGCAGCCAGAAAGAAGGGGGAGGAGGAGGCGGUGGUGGCAGCAAUGGCAGCCGCAAAAUGGCCAAGAUCUCCUCCCAGCAGGAGCUGAGUGGGGGUAACCGGCAGGCCCAACAGCAAGUCCAGCAGCAGCAGCAGCAGCAGGCCCAGCAGCAGGGGGCACUAUCUGGAGGGGCAGGCGUGGUCAGCGGCCCCAGUACAUCAGACCAGACAAGCCCUGGCACUUCCAGUGCCUACACCAGUGACAGCCCCAGUUCCUACCACAACGAAGAAGAUGAAGAGGAGGAUGCUCCUGAGGAAGGCUCCGACGAGCAGUACCGGCAGAUCUGCAACAUGUAUACCAUGUACAGCAUGAUGAAUGUAGGACAGACGGCAGAAAAAGUGGAAGCUCUGCCAGAUCAGGUGGCAUCAGAGUCUCGCAACCGGAUACGGGUGCGGCAGGAUCUGGCUUCUCUGCCUGCCGAACUCAUCAACCAGAUCGGGAAUCGGUGCCAUCCCAAGUUAUACGAUGAGGGUGACCCAGCUGAGAAGCUGGAACUUGUGACAGGUACCAACGUAUAUAUCUCUCGGGCCCAGCUGAUGAAUUGUCAUGUCAGUGCUGGGACACGGCACAAAGUGCUUCUCAGACGGCUGCUAGCAUCCUUCUUUGACCGGAACACCCUUGCCAACAGUUGCGGCACUGGAAUCCGCUCCUCCACCAACGACCCUAGCCGGAAACCCCUCGACAGCAGGGUGCUUCAUGCUGUGAAGUUUUAUUGCCAGAACUUUGCCCCCAACUUCAAGGAGAGCGAAAUGAAUGCUAUUGCUGCUGACAUGUGCACAAACGCGCGGCGCGUUGUCCGCAAGAGCUGGAUCCCCAAAUUGAAACUACUGAUGGCUGAAGGUGACACCUACACAACCUUCAUCAACGACACUGGCAAGAUGGAGCCAGACAUCAUGGGGGUGGAGCACAGCUUUGAGACGAGCAGCCAUGACGGUGACACAGGCACCUCCACUGAGGGCCUCCAGUAAAACGUGCCCACCUCUCUUUUUCCAGUCGAUGGUUUUUAUUUCCUAAUUUGAUUUUUGUAGGAUCGUUUUCCACCUUUUUCAUUUCCUUUUUUUUUUUUUGUUGGUUUGUUUUUGUUUUGGCAGAGGGGAAAGAAUGCAUUGUGCCGUCUCCUUUAAAAAAAAAUUAAACAUGGGCCUUGAUUUCUCAGGCACCACAGGUAGUACAAGCUCAGAGGGGAGUUCCUAAUUACUGCUCCGUUGGCAGUUCUGGCUAGCAUUUUCUCCCUGCUCCCCUCUGUCCUUGUGCUAUUAAUUGUUUUUAGAUAUAUUUUUUAGUAGAAAAUUUUAAAAAACCAAAUCCAUUUUGCAGCUGGAGGUCAUGAUCCAGGGAAGUAUUGUCCCAGAGCACAGCCCCUUUCUUAAUCAAGUCUGGUUCUCCCCAGGCAUGGCUUUUAACUCAGAUUGGUCGUCAUUUCCUCAGGCCCAUACCAGAGAGUAGAAAAAGCAUUGUGCCAUGAUAAACUCAAGCAGGGAAGGAACUGAAUCACAGUGUUGUUGGUCAUGUCCUCCUCACCCUUGUCAGCUCCUCUCCUGCCCUUCCCCCCUCUAACUUAGGUACAUUUGGGUCUUGCACAGCAAGGUGGUUCCUCUCCUGCCAUUCCCAGUAUCCUCCACAUCCCCCGCUCCAGAUGUUCAUGCCUUUUGAAGCUACGCACCUUCCACACUCAGUGGCAGCCCUUUGUUUGUCCUAUAGGUUGGGACCACUCUGGCCUUCUAAACUGAUGGCCUGUAGGACAAAGCAGCCCUCAGAUAUUUUGAGUGAAGGACAUUGAAGUUUUCCAGGCGCCAUUUUGUAGUUGCUUCAUUAUGGUUACAGCUGUGGGAAAUUGCUCCUCCCAGCUUUUUUCCUGACUUUUGGCCUUUCAAUGCAUGAAAUAAGUCUUUAAAAAGUUGUACUUUUAGACAGUCCUGAAAAGAGCAGCUUGGAAUAUUGGGGGAGUUAGGAACAGCUGUGUAAAAAACUAAGUGGGAGCUGGAGGUGUGGCUACCUGCCUGUGGGUUGCCUUUCGGAGUGUCGGCUCUGCCCAUUCCACACCUGGGAGUACCUCUGCAGUCCUCUUUCCUUUGGCGUAUAGUUCUCUUCUGGUCACUAGCUAGCUUGCUGGUGUUUUCUCUUACCUUCACCUUUUUUCACUCUUUAAUUUUUUUUAAAUUUUUUAUUUUUUAAACUCUGUAUGGGUGCUUAUUUGUAUUUGCACAAGCUUGCAGACCCACCAGCCAUAACAUCUGUGGGGUGGUUGUAUGGGGGGUGGGGGAGCAGAUUGGGAGUUGCUUUAUCUCUGGCUUCUUCCCCAAGCAGGUGGGCUUUAUGUUCCUCCCCACAACUUUAUAAUAUAUGUUCCUGUAGAGUAUUGGCGCAAAUGCACAUUUGCACAAGCCGGCAAACACACUUGAGUUGCUGGGCAUUCCUUCUAUAGCCAUAAUAUCUCUGAGUCAUUGUCUUGGUUUUGACUGUGCUUCCCAUUUAGGUGGGUGGUAGCCUUAUACUUUGCUGGGUGUCUGCUCUGUAACCAUUUGUGUAUAUUUUUAAAAUUAAUUUUUUUUUAGGAAUAUUUGUGCUCUUUCACCUUUUUGCAUGCAUAUGGGAAAGCAUAUGGCAGAAGUAAAAUCUCUGUUUUCAUGGCUGUAGCCUUUCUCUGAGAACCUCUUGCUCACUUUUACUCUUACUACCCACAAAAUGAGAGGCAGAAGCAGGUGACUUCAAAAUGGUGAUGUAGGACCUGUUCCCGUGAGGCCAUUUUGAUAGCCCCUUCUGGACAUGAAUGGUGCUCAAGCAGAAAAGGAAAAUGACCAAGAACAAAACAAAAAAGGAAAAUGGCAAGCAAAAGAAAGCCCCCAAAGCCAAGAUUUUACUGCCAGGCAGGUAUGCGUUCUAGGGCAUGCAAAAGGGUACUAAAAAGUUAAUACAAGCAAGUGUGGAGCAGAAACCCAGGGAAGUAACUUGGCUAUCACCUGCUCAAAGGUGAAGCACAGUCAAAACCCUUUUCCAGUCUGAGUAUUUGGAUGGUGGAGCAGUGAGGGUGAUUUCAAUACCAACCCUUUCUACCACCUCAACUAGGUUGCCACAAACAAACAUGGUGAGGCUGAGACUCAGGCUCUGAAGGAAGGGGCAAAGCCAAGAGAAAAAGCAUCACUUCUUUGUUCCUAAGAGUACCACAAGCCACCCAGUAUGUGAGGAUGUUGCAGUGCAGCCCCCAGGUCUUUGAACCAGGGAAAGGCUAAGCCUGUUGGACUCUUAAGACCCAUGUCUUUGUCAGGGGUUAUAACUUUGGCCAAGCUCCCCUCUUCAGCAACAGGUAACUAAUCACAAUGUGAACCUUCACGUCUUCCCUUCCACCCCAGCUUCAUGUUGGUUUUGUAUUCAUGAUGCUUCCAGGUGGUGUUGAUGCAGAGCGAACAGCUCCCAUACUUGGGCUCAUAGGUUCUGCUUCCAUUUUGGGAUAAGAAGUGAGUAGGGCAAACUAGGAACAUGGAAUGCUUGAGUUCUAGUUUGGCUGGGUGACCUGAGGGAAUCUCCUUUCUCUCCUUUUCCAUCUCUCUUUGUAUGGUUCAGAUAACAGCUCUUAAACAUAUAGGGGAAUUUUUCUCAGAAUUUUUUUUUUCUUAGAAAUCUUUGAAAAAAUGAACUGGUUAUUCUGAUUGGAAAGGAAAACUUAUAUUCCUCCUGACAAACACAGAUCUUCUAGAAAUAUUCUUCUUGCCCUCAUGUUCAUCAUUGCAUCAAAGACUUCCUUAGCCUUCCUUUGAGCAAGUCAAAACAAACUGUUCUCCCAAAUUGCAGAAGGAGGCUGUGGGCAGCAGUCUUUUAAAUAAAGGAAAUCAAAACAUUUUUGAAGAUAGAAACCCUUGUCUUUGAAUGUCCAUGGAAAUAAAUUCAAGAAGAGUAGCUGUGUUAAAUCUCUAGUAGCAAAAAGAUGACAAAUCAGUGUAGCACCUUAAAGACUGAUUUAUUAUUUUAAAUCAGGCUGUUAAUUGCUGUCAGAGAGCAUCAUGUGUAGAAGGCCCUUCUCUGGAAACAAAUCCAAUCUGGAAAGUGUCCUUUUUCUCUAAUGGAAGUUUCACGCAGUUGCUGAUCAGGUCUCUGUUGUUGUUUGUGAAGGGAAAGUGACUCUCCUAGAGGCCCAAUUGCCUCCAUCGAAAUAAAGCUCUUAUAAAAAUAAUCUUUUAUGAGCUGCUCUAGUGGGUAGGACCAACUGCUCUGGGUAUGUUUCAGUUAGGGUUGCAACCUUUAGAUUCGGCCAGGUUUGUUAAGGAGCACGGAUAGGAGAGGAUCAGUGGCAGAAAUAGAAUAUUUGUGCUUACAAAAUGGGCUCAAAGUCAGCCCUGCAUAUAGAAGGCUCUUUGUUUAUUUGCGGAUGUGUGAAUGCCUCUCCUUAGGCACACUGGUAGCUAGUCUGUAUAUAUCAAGGGCAGACUAUUUUCAUUUGUCACAGAGAGGCCAGAGAACACCCUGUUCAUUUGCUGUUGUGAUACAGGAGGAAUGUAUCUUGUAGAGGCCAUUUCACAUUUUAGUCCAAAUCUAGGUUUGCUUCUUAACUAACUCCGCUUGUAUUCCUGAGCUCUGUAUCUGAUGACACAGCAAAUGCACUUUGGAACUCAGCCUCUCAGUCAGCUCUUCCCUCAGGUAACUUAGCGAAAUAGUUACCCACCAUCCACCUGAGUUCAUCAGUAUUAUCUGAAAAGGAACAGAACAUCUGAAUUUGAAAAUGUGAGAAGACUUACAAUAUUUUGUAUGUCCUGUACACAUUCAAUGCAUUGCUUAAUCCCAAAAUGGUUGAUUUUGACUUUGGGGCAUGCUACUUUCCCCCCUUUGGUCAAGAUAGUUGGCAGUUCUAGUUUGUUUGGUUUGGGGGUUGUUGUUUUUUUAGAGUUCUUUGGCACGAAGAGCAGGCCACUUAAUUUUCUAAUUAGGGCCACUGGAGGGAGACAGAGACAGACACAUAUGCUAAUAUAUUCAAAGAGAUAUACAUAAGUGGACAUUUUGCAGAGAAGGCUUACUUUACAGGAGAUUGUGAUCUCAGCAAACGAGGCUGGCUGCAGAAUAUUCCCCCCACUUUCUGGUCCAGGGGAAUUGUGCUUGCUGUGAAAUGUUUUUACUAUAGGGCUAGUAAUAAUCUGAUCUUACUCUAGAUCAAUGUACAUUACAAACCUAAUGUAAUGAGUUAUACCAUACCUGCCAACAUGUCCCGAUUUUCCUAUUCAGGUAAAUGGGAAAAUAAGGACAUGUUGGCAGGUGUGGUUAUACUGGUUUAAAUAUCAUGACUUUCCUAAGGAAUGCUGGGCAUUGUAGUUUUGUGAGGAUGCGGAGAAUGUUCUUUCCUCAGUGCUUCCAGAAUUAUAGCACCAUUGGAUCCUUUGACAGAAAGGGUCUUGAUAAACUGGGCUAAUUAAUUUUGCAGUGCAGCCAUGCCUUGACUGGUGAUUAGAGGCCCUUCCAGUUGGAGGGCUUUUUUUGCACUUACUCCUGUCAGUUUCCAGACUGAGCUGCAUGCAAAAGAGCAAAGCUUCCAUAUGCUGCAGUUCUGCUGGGUUUCUUUGGUGAACUCAUUUUGCUAUUUUCCAGCCACACCUGGGGGCUGGAAAGUUGCCAGUUGAUUGUACCUCCCACUGUCCCCACGUCCCCACUGAGACUUUUUAAAUGCUAAUGUUCUGCACAUUACGUGUCUCCAGGUUCUCUGAACAUUGUUGCUGAUCAUUAGUUAAUCACUUCCUGAAAUCCCACAGAUCACUCCCCCUUCCCUUCAACAUGCAAUCCUAUUCACGCUUUCCUGGGAGUAAGCACUAGAGUGACUUACUUCCAAGUAAACAUACAUAGAUGGUGCUGCUGAAACCAUUUCCUCCUUUUUAUUUUUUAAAUGUUUAUGUUGAAUUGCUGCUCACGUGCUCUUUCAAUUACUGGAGGGGGCAGGGAGAAUGAUAUAGCAUAACAUCGUAAUAGCACUAAAACAAUUCUCUAGACUACUAAAAUAAUUCUUUUGACUAAAAUAUGAAAUAACUAAAAUGUCUGUAACGUUUUUAUUUCUUGACAGAACUUGACAGAAUUCAGGUAUCAUAGCUCCUCUUGCAGGCACUGUAUCACCAAAAUUCCAGGCAGAUAGGUACAAGAGGUUCUGUAGAGAUAAAGCUUGAUGUUUGAUGGCCCACAUACUGUGCAGUGCCCCACAUAUGACUUCUGCAUCGCUCGUGCUGCUGCAAGCAUUAACAAGAAUCAAUGGAGCUGCACAAGAGCACUGUUCUGCAAAUGCCUAAAAUUGUGCAAACUCCGUUGUUCAACGCGAUGUCCAUUAGAAACAAAGGAGGUUUGUGGGCUGCUGUCAUCCCCUCUCAUAAUUUGUUCUUUUCUUUGCAGAAUGGGCUGAAACUUUCAUGCAUGGUAGAACUUUCUGAGGCCUUGAUUCCCCCUGCCCCAAAUUUCAGGGGGAGAAAUAGCUCCAGGAGGCACUUACAUGCGAGCACUUUACAGUUUUGAGGCUUGCCUUUUUUGUGUUUAAUGAUCAGAGCAUUUGGGACAAUGUUUUCAAUGUACAGCCCUAUUUUUUUCCCCAAAGGUCAUGGUUCUCUUCUCCCUGCACUUGGGAGGAAGUCCCACGAACAGCAGUGAGGCUUACAUCUGAAAAACAUGAAAGGGAGUGGGCUCUUGUUUUUAAAAAGUGAGGGGUGAAAUAGUGAUAAAACUGGCCUCAUUUCUUAAAAAAAAAAAAAAACUGCAAGGGGCAAUGGCCGGUGGUAAUAUAGCACAGUGGCAAUGACUAGCUCAGGUGUGGAAGUGGACGGGCAUGCCCUUCAGAGCCAAACCUCCACUACGUUGCCUCCUAUGUGGAAAACCACUCAUCUUCAAGUUGUGCAAUGAUCCAUCUACAUCUUUUAUCAUCACACGUUGUUCUGCUAGCAUUUACAAAUCAAAAUGAAUGAGAUCUGAAAAGAAAUGAGAGUUUUACUGGAGUAGUGCAAAUUCCACAAGGGAUGAGGAGAAGGUCUCAUUGACACUCCAUAAGAUCUCCCAUAAUAAUCAACAACAAAUAUUUAUAUACCACUUUUCAACAGGAGUUUCCAAAGUGGUUUACACAGAGAAAUAAUAAAUAAAUAAGAUGGAACCCUAUCCCCAAAGGGCUCACAAUCUAAAAAGAAACAUAAGACAGACACCAGCAAGAGUCACUGGAGGUCCUGUGCUGGGGGUGGAUAGGGCCAGUUACUCUUCCCCUGCUAAAUAAAGAGAAUCACCACGUUAAAAGGUGCCUCUUUGCCAAGUCUGCAGGGUGCCUGACAUCCUGAUUAGAUGGAAGUCCUACUGAAACUAUGUAGUCCUCUAGAGUAACUUCUGAGUGGUUCUAUAGAGUAAUUUAGUCUGGGUGCCAGCCAGUAUUCAUGAUGGAAUAAAUGACUGUCUGAAAGGGCCUUAUGUCAGCAUUUGUACUAUAUUUGGGAGAAAUUGAUUACAUAUGGCUGAGAUCUGAAAACAGGAAAGUUUGCACACUGGCAGUUUCAGACGUAACACUACAUUUUCACUUCCAGGUCCUUUUUCUCCUUCCCCACUAUCUUUUUAUAGGAAGGUGUUCUUUUGUUGUCAGCAGAGGUGCAUCUAGGUAAUUUUGGAGCCUGGAUCUAAAGGCCUUUGGAGCCCCCCCCCCCCCCCCCGCUCCCCUGGAAUGUUGUCAGCCACUAGUUUCCCCUACUUUUUCUAUUGCUUGUAUGAUCAUUUAUAGAAUUAAACCCAUUCCUUUCACUCUUGAUUGUGUUUCUCCCUGAAGAAGAUGAAAUGAUAGAAAAGCAAUAUUUUUAAAAAGAAAAAUCAUAGACAUUUACUUGAUACCAAAUAGGGGUGUGUGUACAGUUGAUUAUUCUCUUAUACUAAAUAAACCUUAGUCAUGCUCCAGUUAAGAACAGGGCGAGUAAUGCAUGAGAAGAAGUUGUUUUUUUAAAAACACUCUGUGUGUGUGUGUGUGUGUGUGCGCGCGUGCGUGUGCGUGUGCUUGUGCACAUGUGUGCGCAUCCUGCAAACGUUUCUCGUCUAAUUUCUCAAAGAGUUCUAGGAGAAAAAUCCAAUGACCUCUUGCUUGAGAGCUGGCUUUUUCAAGUCAUGGAAAAUAUAAGCAUUGACAACAAAGCAAAAUCCAUUAACUUAAUUGGCAGACAUUUGUCAUCCCACUCCAGCAAGAGGUACAGUAUCCCUGAAAGCUUAUAUAUGAAUGCCAGUGUGAAUGCACAUCUGCAUCACAGUGCUCAUCUGAGCCCUGUUGAGCUGGCUGGACAGGUGUUUUAAGGCAAAUAGAAAUCACAUCUCUAGCCACCAUUUCUUACAGGCUACCAGUUGAACAUAGCUUCAAUCACAUCAGGCCCAAGUCCUUCUCCCUGCCCUAAUGCUGUGUCCAUGUCUCAGGUGACACAGAACAUCUUAACUGGCAGUCCAAUUGAACUCAUUAGAACCUACUUCUGAGUAGACUUGCAUGGAAUUACAUUACCAGGCAAUCGUCAGUGUUGCAUUGGCUGACUGAUGUUUAUAUUCCUCUCUUCCUUCCCCACUCUAACCCAGAACCUCUCCCACUGUGUUGAAAAAGUUCUGAAUUGAACAGGUCCAAAACCUCUUAUGCCAGAAUUGGAAUUUCUAACUUCGUUCUUUUUAUACAGCAAAACAGGCAAGGUGAACAAGUAGAAAUGGUGUGGCUUAUAUUUGCUCUGGAGGUUAGGAACAUAGGAAACUGCCAUAUACUGAGUCAGACCAUUUGUCUAUCUAGCUCAGUAUUGUCUUCACAGACUGGCAGCAGCUUCUCCAAGGUUGCAGGCAGGUAUCUCUCUCAGCCCCAUCUUGGAGAAGCCAGGGAGGGAACUUGGAACCUUCUGCUCUUCCCAGAGCGGCUUCAUCCCCUGAGGGGAAUAUCUUGCAGUGCUCACACUUCUAGUCUCCCAUUCAGAUGCAACCAGGGCAGACCCUGCUUAGCUAUGGGGACAAGUCAUGCUUGCUACCACAAGACCAGCUCUCCUCUCCAGACCAGCUCUCCUGGUCUGGAGAGGUUGUGGUGAAAUUUUAAAAGACAAAUGUGGAGUUAGAGGGUUAGAAUGUCUUAAUAUGCCCCUCCUCACAGAUCUGUGCAUACAUUCUCACACACAAAUCUCUCUAAUCCCUUAUCACCAGAUUGUCAUCAGAAGAGUCUCUGUUAGGCUUGGGGGGUACUCUCUUAUCUCAUCUAGCAUGCUCCAGCAAAGUUGCCUGGACCUUUUCUCUCAAACAAACAAAAAAGACUUUUUUUCCAGAGGUAUACACUGGAUUAUGUUAAAGUAGGGACAGACUCAGAAUCCCCCCACCCACCCACCAUGAUUUUGAGAGGGUUUUUGGAAAGGAAAAUCAUUUGGAGCAACAGGAAACGUUUCAGAUUCUACUCUAGAUUGACUGAUGGAUCAAUAAUCCUUCCUAACUGUCCCUCCUUCCCAUAUGAAAGGUUCACUCAAUGAAGGAUCCUUGUUGACUAUUUUUUACCUUCCAGCUGCACUGCUGGGAUGUUGGCAGCUGAGGAUCACGUAAUGUUUAGGUGUACUUCUGUAGAAUGUAACGUAUGCCUGCAACAAGUGGAUACCUUCCAUCAUCUGUAUGAAGUCACACGUACCACUGAGCUGGGAUUGACUCUGCCAUCCUGCUGCAUGUACACAUAGUGGCAAACCUGUUCGGCCACUAUAACAUGAAAAGUGACCUUGCCUAUUUGCUUUGUUUUUACUGGCUGUACUAUGAUUUCAUAUCUUGCCUUUCUCCUCUUCCCCCUCUCCCCCGGUACCCAAGUGAUACAAAACUCAGAAUAGCAUCAAACUGUCUUGAUACCAUUAUCUUGUCUUGCAAGGAAAAGAAUGGACUUGACAUCUGGAUUGGGAUGUCUAAUUAGGGCAGUUAUAAGACAGUACAUUCCUGUUUGAAUGUUGGUUAUUUUAAUCCAGCUCGGUUACUUCCCACAUUCAUGUUCAUUACAAUUCAGUUUCAGGCAGUGAUCAUUUUAUGCUUCAUCUGAGUGUUGCAAAUGUUAAGGCAAUGGAGCUGGUGAGGGAGAGCGUGUAAAAUUCAAACACCCAAAUCAGCUCUGCAUUUGACCAAGAAUGAUUGCCAUAUAGAUUUCUGUCCCAGCCACUCAAGUUCCCUAUUCAUGAAGUUAAACUUUGCAAACAACACCAUUUAAUCUCCUAUCGGUGUCAUCUGGAAACGUGCAGCAAGCAUUCCGUGAAACCUAACAUUCAUUUUGUAAACUGAUCUAAGUACAUAACCUACAGAUCCUGGCUCCCAGUCUUCUUACCUAACUUAAAGUUGUUUACAUUGGGAAGAGUGUGUGCACAUAUAUUGCAGCUAUAUGUCUCUGCCCCACAUCAGACUUUGCUUUGUGGCCCCAGCAUUUGUUAAUGUGUGAAAGGAAAGGAGGAGCAAGCCAGUUACUAGUUGAUGCAGCUUAUUGCUACCUAGGGGACAUGGGUUAGAAAGAUGGCGCCUCUGUUAGAUCCCUCAGUGAAUGAAAUACAUUUCAGCAUCUUCUGUCCCAUUGCUUUGCACUGACUACUUUCCCACCACACAUGUACAUGGUUUCUGCUUCUUCAAAGACUAUCUCUGAAAGCCUGCUUUGAAGCAGAGGAGAGGAGUAUUUAAAAGGCUAGUGAUGUUUCACUGCAUGUUGUUUGGUAGCAUUGUGGUGAAUACUGACCUCUUGGUGGCUGGGGAAGGGGAAGUGUGGAGUUCUGUAGUCACAGUCGCAUCUGAGGGGGAAGAGCAGCCAUUUUAUUCAGAUUCCUGAGGUAUUGGACUUAACAUUUCCCCUUAAGAAGGGGAAAGUGAGAUACUGUUUUUAAGUGGAAUCGCGAAAAGAGAAGAUAUACCAUCCUUCUCAUAUUUAUAUAUCCCUAGAAGGCAGUUUGUAUGAAGAGCCCCUUCCGAUUGGUGCCAGGACAGCCCAGAGAAACUGGCAGAGUGACUCUCAUGUGGUUAAACUUAGUUGAGCAAAUCUGUUUACAUUGGAGCAGACUAGAAUAGUCGCUAGCAUUGUGUCUGUGGCUGAUAUUUCUUUUUCUCAGCAGUCUUGAUGGCCUUAGGAACUGGACAAGACUGUACUAGGGUUGGCUUUCUUCCCAGGCCUGGCUGCUUUGAAAGAGCUGGUCAGAGUGUCUAUUAACCUUGAAACUGAAACUGCUAGACAGAAGAUUCUUUCUCUGAAAAAUUCUAACCUUUUUUGCUGUGUAUCAGAGGUCUGGGAUCUCUUCCAAGGCAGGGCUGCCAGAUCAAAUUUUUUAAAACAAAGGAAUGCUAGAAGAGGAAUGUCUGGAAUAAGGAUUGGGUUCUGUGGCUAUGCUGUUCUAGAAUAAGAGGCACGGCGGGGGGAAUCAAGGGCCACGUAACCCUCUGAGGCACCUCGUAGCUGGGUUGUAGAUGGAUAGGGGAAACCAACACAAGCCUGAUGCCCAAAUUCAAGUCCUAGAUUAGAACAUCUCUUUGAAGACCAUCUAGACUGCUCAAAAUGGUCUGAUCCUUCUUUGCUGAGGUCCAACCAACCAGCUAAGGCAUUAUCCCAAAUGACAAAGUUGCAUCUGUUGGAGAGGGGAAUAACUCCAGGGUGGGGGAAGAGAGUGAGGCCUUCUUGUGUCUUUUGUUGUAUCCACUUUUUUUGUCAUCUUUCAUUUUGGUUUUGGUUUCUAAACUAGAGCAAACCAUUUUUUUAAAAGGACAAAAUAAUGUACACUGAAAAGCACUAAUGAAGCCUGAUUAUGUAACCUCUGUGGAGAUGCAGCAUGGACUUUCUCUUACCCCUUCCAGGCGCUUUGGGUUGACGCAAGCAGCUGCUCCAAUAUCAGCCCUUCUCCCUCCCCUGCCCCUUAUCAAAUCCUUCCAGAGAGGAAAGCAAAUCCUUUAAAAUAAAAUAAAAUAACAAAAGCAACCUCCCCUUUCCCACCCCAGCUCCUUCAGCAUCCCCUGCUUUUACCUCGAAACCCAUCCCUUCGCCCAUGGAUAAUGCCAGUAUUUGUUCUGUGUUAUAAGUGCCAAGAAAAAUUUUGUGACUCCCUCAUCCCUGUGACCUGAGAGUAUCAAGAAUUGCACAUUAACUACUGUAAAGAUUAAAAAAAAAAGGAAUUCAGAAAUAUUAAUUAAAAAAAAGUUUGUAACAA